CCCAGCCGGGCUUUGCGCGCGAUCCACCGCUCGGCCUUGGAGAUCUCUCUCGCCCAAUUGCCAGAGCAUCCCACUCAUCCAACCCCCUCCGCCCCAUCAUCCACUCCCGGGUGGUGGCGGUGGUGAGGAAUGCAGGAGGAUGAACCCGGGCUCCGGAGGGUUGGGGACGGCGGAGACCCCCGAGGCUGCGCGCGGGGCCCAGCAUGGAGCCCUCGGCACGGCUGGUGCGGCCCUCACAGCGCUGGACCAGGUGACCUUUGAGGACGUGGCCGUGGAUUUCUCGUUGGAGGAGUGGUCUCUGCUGGAAGGCAGUCAGAAGGAUCUCCACCAGGAAGUGAUGCUGGAGUUGUGCUCUUUGCUUCUUUCACUCGGUCACUCGGUCCCCAGCCUAGAUUUCUCCUCCUUGACCUGCCAGCCAGCCAGGACCGCCCAAAGACCCCCGCCCAGCUGGAGAAGGUGGCUGCCUUUGGCGGCGGGAAGCGACCAGAUCCGUCGUGAAGAGCCCCCUUUCCCAGACCUCAUGGAAGGACCCGGCAGCCUGGAGCCGGAUAAGGCUGAGGAGCGCCUGGCCACAACGAGCAAUGUGGAGGGUAAGGAUCAAAGCAGCCACCACCUCUGCGCACUCAUGAAGCUGGUAAAUGAAAUCCCAGAGUUCCUUUGCGGACACGCACACAUGAGCCUGGAUCGAUCCACACCUGCUGGGGGCAGCGAAAGCAGAGGGCACGCAAGUGCCGUCGUCCAACUGAAGAGUUCCCCGUCCUUCCGACGCCUCGAACCCUUGGCCGACUUGGUUUCCCUGAGCGUCUCCAGCCCAGCGGGGACCCCCAGUAACAGCCCUGAGGGAGAAGGGUCAGAGCCCACUUCCCAAGGCACAUUUGCCCCCUGCAGUACUCAAGGAUGGAAGGGGACAGACGCAGUGACCAACGUGGGGCCAUCGACCGAGGAAAAGCUGGCUGAAGAGCAGCCAAAAUCCAAGGAAGGCCUUCAGGGUCCUCGUCUCUCAACAGAGCAGAAGGACAGCCCACCCGUGGACCCAAGGCUGGAUACCAAUGACUCUUCUGCAGAUUCCAGCUGCCUGGACCAACCCCGUUCCUGCGGGGAUGGAGGGACAGAGCAAGCCACAUCACCAGGCCCUUCACGAAGCAACUCCGAGGCCAACAGCCGAUCCGAGGAUGGAAAGACGAUGCCCAAGGCAGCAGCUGAGAAGGAACUGCUGAAAAGUUCUCGCAAGGCAUCUCCAAAGUUCCAGCCAGAAGCAGCACCUGAAGAGAAACCCCCACUUCAGGGGUUGCUGAAGUGCCUGAAGGAUCUGGUUACCCUGCAGUCCGGCCGUGGCCCCCAACGCUUCCUUAAGGCUUCCACGGGGAAGCAGCCGUGGACCCCCAGAGUCGGGCGAUGGGGAGGCAGGAGCGCUCCAUUACCCAUCCAAGUUAAGACAGAAGCUUCCGGAGAGGAGUCGGGAGCCUGCAACCCCAGAGAAGGACUUCAGUUUUCUGUCACAACCAGGGGGGACCCCUCCACCAUCCCCCAGCCUGAGGGGGGCAGGAGAGUAAAUUCCCCAGGUGGAAAAGAGGAAGACAACUUUCCAGCAGUCAAGAUGGAGCAGGGGACCAGCAGCUCCCCAUGUCAGGACCUACAGGGAGACCUUGCAUUGGUGAUUGUCCGUACGAGUGGAAGCCCAGAGAAGGCCCAAGACCGAUCUGGCAUCUCGGCUGUUCGUGUUAAAUCUGAGGAAGAGCGCCCCCUACGAGGCCCUGAGGACAUCUUGGAAGAAAAGAGCUACCACCACUUUGGCCAUCUGAGGAGCAGCUUGUCACCCAGGUCCAAGCUGGGACUAUGGGUCCCAUAUUCGUCUGGUAAGGCAGAGACUAUUUAGGGCAGAGUCUGGGGGGGGGGGAGUGUGCACCUCUGGUGGGUGGGAAGGCUCUGGUCUCUACCCCACAAUUUUGCAUUCCAUACUUGAGUGAUUGUGGCCAAGUUUGAGCUGGGGAGAUGAAGAAGUAGUUAUAGUUGAGCUGAGGAGAUGAAAAGAAGUCAAGGCUGAGCUGGGGAGAUGAAGAAGUAGUCAUAGUUGAGCUGAGGAGAUGAAGAAGAAGUUACAGUUGACCUAAGUAUGUGAAGAGGAGUCAGAGGACCUGGGGAAGUGAAGACAAAGUCAAGGUUGACCUUGGGGGAAUGAAAAAGAAGUCAAGGUUGACCUGAGUAUGUGAAGAAGAAUCAGACUUGACCUGGGGAGGUGAAGAAGAAGUCAAGAUUGAUCUGGAGAGGGCAAGAAGAACAUGUGAGCUGAAAUAGGGGAGAGGGCAUUUUGGGGGGUCAAAGAGGUGGACAGCAACACUUCAGUAGGAGGUGGGAGACCCCACAUUGGUAUCUCAGAGAAGAAGCAGGAAGUGGUGAGAGUUUCAAUCCUAGGAAGCCCAGAAGGGAAGCCCAACCCAGGUCAGAUGCUAGGGAGGGAAGGAAGGAGCUGGUUCAGAGGUCCCCCUGCUCAGCCUACAUGUCCUUGGUGAGGGACAAAUGGAGAGCUUCUCCAAUUCGCACCCCUGAAGGACAGGUUCCAAGCAUGGUUGUCCAAUGGAAGCCAUCACGAUGCC